AUGUCCGUACGAGAGCUGCUGGUACAAGGUUUUUACAUGGAUCCGAUAUACAACGAAAGACAUAUGCUCUCUAAGGAGUCCGGCAUAUACUCAUUUGUAGUGGUAAUGUUUGAAAUGUCAAGUGGGAUGAUGGCUUAUAAUGCAAGGCACUUUGAAGAUAAGGAACUGUAUCUGAUCGACCUCGUUCGAAGCUACUAUGACCACCAUAAACUCGUUGAUGGACUUGACAAGUUAAUAGAUCCCACUAUCAAAGAUCUGAUUCAUAUGAGAUCUUUUGAUAAAUUUAAUGAAAUUGCACAUGAGUGCAUUAACUUUGAUUUUAGGAAACGCCCGACGGUUAAUAGGAUCAUCAAGACUAUUGACGAAGCAUUGAAUAUUCAAGCCUUUUGGAAAGGGCUCCUGUCACCGGAUUACCAAGAAAUUAUUGAAAGGGCGGUUUCUCCUCUGGGUUUUGCCUCUAAAAGGGAACUCUACUUCUGCCUAUCAGACUCACAUAUCCUCCUUGAUCGAGGCUACGUGAGCUUCCAGCUAGAUAUGAAACCGGGAAAAACAUACCUUGUCUUUCGAACUACUAGCAAUUCUGAAGGACUUUCUGUGCCGGCUAAAACAAUGGUGAGGUUUGGUGGGAUAAAAAUGGAGACCGAAAAUGUGUAUCUCCAAAGACCAGACGGUAGUGAAAAAUGGCAAGAAAAUGAUGUGUUUCCUCAUAGGAGAAAGGAUGGGUGGAUGGAGAUCAAGUUGGGAGAAUUUGAGUACAAUGAAGGAGAUGUUGGUGAAAUUGAGAUGGCGUUUGAGUAG